GAUCAUACAUAAAUAGAUCUGACGACACAAAAAGUCCCAUCCGUCGAUUACGAAAUUAAAAAAACACUGCAUUGGUUGAACUGUUCAUAUCUGUAUGUAUUUUUUAGAAAUUCUGUAGAUGGGAUUCCCAAAACGGACGUGACGUUUCAUAACACGUGAUUCUCUGCAUAUGUAAACACGCGAUUACAAACACAGUCAUACUACUAAAGCUAUGUUGAGCACAAGCAUCGUAUAGUUCCCCUCCUUCCAAAAAGUGCAAAUUUCUGCGACAAGAACAACGCUCUGCAGGUGUGGAUCGCUUACGGAGCUCUCCGACUUUCACUUCUGUUCAGAGGUAAUUGAUCAAAGAGGUCGAGGAGGCUAGCUAGAGAGAAAACAUCCCUCGGAAAAACAGAAGUAGUCUUACUGCCAUGCAACAGCCACUGGUAAGGUACAAGACAAUGGACAGCUGUAAACUCCAACUGAUGGCCCUCCUUGCCGUUCUCCUCCUGAAGACAGCCAUCGGAACUGCUGCGACGUGGAUCAGCAUUAUCCCACAGGGCGUGUGUGUAGCUCCUGGAGACCAUAUCCAGUUGGACUGCACUCUGCGAGCGGCAUCCUACAAUGACACACGGCUGUCGUUCUACAAGGGAUCCGUCCUAGUCAACAACACCAACCACGACUUUCCUAAACUGUGUCGACGGAGAGGCUCGAGGUGCAAAUGGGAUCUGACGGCGCGUCUGACGGUGGAUCCUGCAUCUGCGAGCGAUGAGGACGUUUACCGUUGUGAGGCGGUACAAGAUGGAAGACCAUACACAGCCAGUGCUACAGUGUUUGUGCAAUACCGAUCAGAGUUUCAAUUGCCCACCAGUAGGGUGGCUGAUCUGGGGGAGAGUGUCACUGUCCUACUGGACCGAAAAUGUGACCAACUGGAGCCAGUCAGCGUCACCAGAACGGGCAAGGAUGGAGUGGUCAAAGUGCUACCCUACCGGUACGGCCGAGAAGAUGAUCGGUCUGCGUACGUGGACAAGACAUACGGCGCGCUCGAAAUUCCAAACUUCAAGUGCACGGACGCGGGUUACUACAAUUUCACUGUGAUGGCGCGCAGGGGCUUUGAACCUGUGUCCACGUCAAAGUCCAUGUACAUAGGCCUAAACGCUUCGUGUGAAGGUUGCUGCCCAGAAGACGCUACCGUGGCUCCAACCCGCAAGAGUACAGCGAAUACCCAGGCUGAAACCACUGCAGUACGGGGAGUCAUCGAAAAGCUGGGUUGUGCAGAAAAUAACACCGCCUACAUUGUCGUCAUAGUGGUCCUUGUCUCGGCGAUCGCCGGCUGCGUCGUGAUGAUACUCUACUAUCGCCGCAAACUUGAUUUGACGAAAAGGAACCAGACGGAAGUGAAUGUUGAAGCCAAUGAUGAAGCAGACCCACUAAAGUCUGGCCCAAACUACACCGAAAUGACCGGGGUCAGCGUUUAAAACAGUUCAUCUUGUCAAGAACAUAAAGAAAUGACAAUUGCUUUCUUGUGCUAUUAUUUUGGUGAGUUUAUUCCGAUUGCUUUUUACAAAAGUUAUUCACUUUAAAAUGGUGAUACCGAACGCAUAGCCACGGAAUAAUUACUUUGCCAAUUUUGAAUUGUUUGCAGCCCGACAAUAAUUCAAGCUGAUCUUUUGGUGUAGGCCUAUAAGAGGCGCAACGGUGACCCCAUAUUAAAGAUUUUUGAUAUGGUAGCAGACGUUGAAAGUAUAGGUCUGUCUCAAAUGACAUCACUUCCUACAGAUUGUCACGUGCAUGAGCAUUUAGCAGUUUUCUAAUUUUCCUACGAAGAUGGCGUGCUAUGAGAGAGAUCUAUAAGUAGACCACAAAAAAUAAAGGGUAGAUCUUCGUCAUUGCUUAAGUGUUUUCACUAGAAACGCGCAACUUAACACUGGUGCCGACACACGAACCAGAGGCUAACAGUUAAAAAUAAUAAAGGAGUUAUUAUUGGUUGAUAGUUCGUUAGAAGAACAAAAAAAAAUCGAAUUUGUUGACGAGCACGGGAAGGAACCUUAAGGGUCAGUUCAGAAGUGGUCGAAGUUUAUCUGAAACAGUUCAGGGUUGCACAAGCUCCAUUAAGCUCAAGGACCCCAAUGAAAAAGUUUCUAACAUCCCACUAUAGAUUGGAGUUAUAAUUGUUAAAAUGAUCUACAUGUAUUUUUAAUGACGGGGGAAAACAGAUGCAAAGACACAAAGGAAGUAGUCUUUGAAAAUGUACUUUUUUAUUUAAAAUAAGACUACAUCUGGAAAUACAGUUGCAAUAUUAUUAUACAUUUACUGAAGGUUGGAUUUGAUGUUCUCGACUCCAGAAUUUUCGAGUUGAGCGAAAUAUUGCUCAAUAUUGACACGGAAGACAAUGACAUUUGGAUCCCUUGACGUAGACUUAUUAUGUUUAGGUUUAUCUCUCGAAAUGGUUCUAAAGAAAGACUAUUCGUGGACAAAUUUGAAUUUGAGUGUGCUCUGGUUUUUUUUUUUUUUGUAACAUACACUUUAUAAUAAAGUGCAACAAACGUUCACAUUAUUUCCUGCAGGAGUCAUGUCCACAAUGUGUGUUUUCGUUCUAAGAAAAUAUAUAUAUUUGUGUCAAAAUGAACGAACAAAACUGUCUUCUGUUGGACUUAUAAUCGGACAUCAAAAAGUAUUUCGAAUGACGGUGUUUAUGUUCUUGUUAAAGACUUGAUUGACUCCUGCAGAAAAACACUACCGUUAUGCUGCACUAGUACACAUUUUUGUCUCCUUUUUGUCAACUGGGUUGGUGAUUGCAUUGGCAAUACUUAAAGACAAAAUACGAGAUUCAUGAUCAAGAUUUGUUGGAUAUAUAGGGAUUGUCUUUUGUACGAAAAUGACGGGCGCUUGUGUGUACGAGUGUAGCAUAAUGAAAGUAACACCCUAUGGGUACAUUUAUAUUUUGUUGACAUACUGAGUCAAGCAAUAGAAAAAUUACAUGCGCAUUUUAUCUCUGUCAAUAGAUAUUAAUGAUUGGAAAGAAAUAUCGUAGGGGCAAAUAUUGUCAUAACUAUACACAAUGACGAUACCUUACCUCAAGAUAUUUUUUAAAAAAAUUUAGAUUGAUUUAUUUGUGUUUAAAACUGUAUGUAGUAGCCAUAUUGGCGUCUCAUAACCGCUCUGAGUUCAUAAUCAGUUUUCAAACUUGUUUGCCUGGGGAAAAAAACCUUGGUAUUCCUGUUUUGAUUGUUAGGGGAGUAAUAAAUUUGAUAUAGUUCAAUUCUCAGUAAUCUGAUCUUUCCUCUUUUGUGUCGCUAUGCACAUGUAUAAAAAAGAAGAUAAAUUUGAUCAUUCGUUUAUAAUGUAUUAGAUAGGAUGAUCAAAAUCAUUGGUCAUAUUAUAUAACAGCUAGUUUGAUAGUUUACUUGUGGCCAGUAGCAUAAUUGGCAAUUUUUAAUCGUGUGUAAAAUUGGUCGAAUAAAGAUGAUCAACUGGCCUAAUAGUAUUGUGUUUUUAUAUCUGAGUCACGAGUCACAAAGGUCGAGUCCGAGCCACGAAUCGCCCACCUUUAAUGUAUAUUGGAAAUAAAUAUUGAGGCACU